ACUAUGAAACAGUUCGAGAGGGCCAGGAACAAUGUGUUCUACGCACAGCACCCAGAGAAGGAGGAAGAGGUACCCUCAUGGCAGGAAAUCAAGCAGACCCCUGUUGUCAUGGCCACAAUCAAAGGUCCAGGGCCUGCCAAGUACCUCCGGCCAUCCUGUACUGGCUACAUAGCCCAUGACAUCUCCAUGUUCCAGGAGCCAGCCUUCAGUCUGCAUACACGGCACACUAAGAAACGGAUCACUGACGAAAACAGCCCCGGACCUUGCUAUUUUUUGGAUCCCAAAGUAACUCGUUUUGGAAUAUCUACCUGCCCCCAGGUCCCCAUGGAGGAGCGCAUCCCCAACCUACGCAUAACUAGUACGCCAGCCUCUUGCUACUACAACCUCCAGAAGACCCGACCCUCUGGGGAACGUAGGCCUCCCCAGUACUCUUUUGGCUAUCGGUGUCCAUACAGAGUGAUGGACCCCAAUCCGGCUCCUAACCGGUACAAGCUGCCAGCCUCUCUGGGGCCCAACGUCCCCAACCUCUCAACUGCCCCUUGCUAUGGUCUGGCUUCCACAAACAAGAACUGGUUCCACAAGGAGAAUAUAGCAGGAGGUCCUGGACCUGCUAUGCGUACGCGACCUGAGCCGUCUGUCUACCAGAACCGCAGCCCCGUGUUUAGCAUGGCCAAGCGCUUUGGCUACCCUCUGGACCACACACUUCGGCCUGGCCCAGGCUCCCACAACAUCCAGCCAGUCACUGUGCACAAGCCCCGCAUCCCUGCCUUCACCAUGGGCAUCAAACACUCACCCCACUUGUGCCCAUUGAUUGUGGACGUUUGUGACUGAGGCUCCUGCUAGUGCAUGCUCCCCCUGCCUCUCAGAUGCUAUUUUCCUAGAUCACAUUGAGCAACUUGAACGUGAAUUCCUGUAACAGAGCUGGUGUCUGCUGAGUGGCUAGCACACAGAGGCACUGGAUAAAUAUUUUCGUUUAUUCA